GUCCUUAGCCACUAUAUUUUUUCUCUAUAUAAACGUUUCAACCUGCAUAAUUUCUUAUCACAUUCUUCUUUCUCUUCCACUUCUCAUUGAUCAUUAAAAUCAUUAAAUAAAUGAUGGUUUCAAGAACUAGGUUGUUUUGUUUAUUGGUUUUUUUAGUGUCAUCAUGUUUUUUUCGUUUGUCUAAUUCAGAUGAAUUGAAAUUGAUGGUGAAAGGAGUUACAUCUAUUGCUCAAACAGAUGAUAAUUUCAUAUGUGCAACUUUAGAUUGGUGGCCAGAAAAUAAGUGUGAUUAUAAUCAAUGUCCAUGGGGAAAAGCUGGUCUCCUUAAUCUGGACUUGAAAAACAGGAUUCUUGCAAACGCCGUUAAAGCAUUCAAUCCUCUAAGAAUCAGAAUAGGAGGUUCACUGCAAGAUCAAGUUUAUUAUAAAGUUGGAAAAUUCCCAAAGAAUUGCUCAAACUUUGAGAAAAAAUCUGAUGGCCUUUUUGGAUUUAGUGAUGGUUGUCUCCACAUGAAUAGAUGGGAUGAAUUGCAUGGUCUGUUCAACAAAACAGGGGCUGCAAUAACAUUUUCAUUCAAUGCCUUACUUGGAAGAAUACAAUCAGAUGAAGAUAAUACUCUUUGGGAAGGCGAUUGGAAUCAGUACAAUGCAAAGUCAUUGAUGAAAUACACUAUCAAAAAGGGAUACAGAAUUGACUCAUAUGAAUUAGGUAAUGAGCUUUGUGGAGGAGGAGUGGCUGCAAAAAUAAAAGCUCAACAAUAUGGCAAUGAUGUCAAGAAACUAAAGAGACUUGUAACACAUAUGUACCCUGACCCUACAAAUAGACCAAAAAUCUUGGCCCCUGGUGGAUUUUAUGAUGAACAAUGGUUCAAAGAAUUCCUUCAAACUACUGGACCGGGCGUCGUGGAUGGAUUGACACAUCAUAUUUACAACCUUGGAGCAGGAAGGGAUCCAACUCUGAUUAACAAACUUCAGAAUCCAUUUUACCUCAGUCAAAUAGCUCAAACAUUCAAAAAUGUUGAAAAUUCUGCUAAGUUAUUUUCACCAUCAUCUGGACCUUGGGUUGGUGAAUCUGGUGGAGCUUACAAUAGUGGUGGCAAAACUACUUCACAUACUUUUGUCAACGGCUUCUGGUAUUUGGAUCAGUUGGGAAUGACUUCAACUUUCAACCAUAAGGUAUACUGCAGACAAUCUUUAAUUGGAGGAAACUAUGGUCUUCUCAACACUACAACUUCCAUCCCAAAUCCAGAUUAUUACGGUGCUCUUUUAUGGCAUAAGCUCAUGGGAAAGAAUGUGCUUUCUGCUACUCAUGAAGGCUCUCCUUACUUGCGCACUUAUGCUCAUUGCUCAAAAACAAGUGGUAUUACAGUUCUACUAAUUAACAUGGACAAGUCAACAACCUAUGAAGUCUCUGUGGUGGAUGACUUGAAUUUGUACCCUGAUAGUGUUGAAUCUAUACAUGAAAGGGAAGAGUACCAUUUAACUCCAAAAGAUGGAAACAUUCAAAGUGACGUGUUGUUGCUAAAUGGCACUCCAUUGAAGCUCACUUCCUCAUUGGACAUUCCUGAAAUGAAUCCUAAGCUCAUUGAUCCAACGUUGCCCAUCGGUGUUGCUCCUCGUUCUAUCGUCUUUGCUACCUUGAGAGGGUUCCAGGCUCCUGCUUGUGCAUAGAGAAUUUACAAAGUUCAAAUUAUUAAUUUAGUUUUAGAUUAGGAUAAAGAUAUUAGGUCCUUCUCAUGAUCAACAUGUUUAGAGAAGUUUCAGAUUGAACUUAAGAGUUUGUUUUAUUGCUUUAGUAAAUUGCUUUACACUA